GAAUGAUACAGAUGUAUCGGCAUCUUCUCUUUGCCCUAAAUCCCGCGAUCUGCGGUCUCUCCCCGUCGCCGGACCUCCCUGCCGCGCCUCCUUCGGCGCUCCUCCUUCUCCACACCCUCUGUCCCCCGAAACUUGCUGUUCUUCCAUUGUCUGCACGAUCGCUCUCGGCCACCGGUGGCCUUCUUCGUAGAACAGAUAUGGAGAAAUGGAUACAUCAAAUUGAAGAAUGGAUUCAUCAGCAGCCCAUAGAGCAACUCUAUGUUGCUUUCGCUGUUCUAGUCUUCACAUUUGUUUUCUUUGGGUUGUUUCGUAUCUUGAGACGCUCAAAGUCCAAUACCAUAGUGCUUGUUGGCUUAAGUGGUAGUGGAAAAACUGUUCUUUUUUACCAGCUUCGUGAUGGCUCCCCGCAUCUUGGUACUGUUACAUCAAUGGAACCAAAUGAUGGUACUUUUAUGCUGCACUCUGAGCUGGAAAAGAAGGGAAAACUAAAUCCAGUUCAUUUGAUUGAUGUUCCUGGGCAUUCACGACUGAGACCAAAGCUUGAUGAAUUCUUGCCUCAUGCGGCUGGAGUCAUUUUUGUUGUGGACAGUUUAGAUUUCUUACCAAAUUGCCGAGCGGCUGCUGAGUAUUUGUAUGAUGUACUGACAAAGGCAAUCAUAGUGAAGCGAAGAAUACCCAUUUUGAUAUUGUGCAACAAGGCAGACAAAGUGACGGCACAUUCCAAGGAAUUUAUUAGAAAACAGUUGGAGAAGGAAAUAGACAAGCUUCGUACCUCAAGAAGUGCAAUUUCAACUGCUGAUAUAACCAGUGACUAUACCCUUGGGGUUCCCGGAGAAGCAUUUUCGUUUUCUCAUUGUCAAAACAAGGUGACGGUAGCUGAUGCAUCUGGGCUAACGGGAGAGAUCUCCCAGGUCGAGCAGUUCAUCAGAGAGCUAGUGAGGCCAUAAUUGAUUCUGUUGACAUUCGCUUUUUGACCCCUUUGAGACGCUGAGACCUUAAUAAACCAUGCAGCUUGAACUCCCAUGCCAUCAUCAUAUCAUAUAUCAGAGUUGAGGAUUUUCUAGACACUCUUAAUGCUGAAGAACUGCUCUCAUGCAUAACUCAUUUGCCUUGAGUGUCCAUUUUCUUUGAUGUAGAGUAUCCAUUCUAAGCUCAUUUGCCUUGGUUGAAAGCUGAUGCAGUUCUGUAAUGUGUUUUGAGGACUGCAAAUUCUUUAGCUUAUGGUUUCUGCUGUCAA